GGUAUCAAAGAGAUACGCGUAAUUUCAUUUUGCAUUUUGUACAAGUAGCAAAAGAUGUCGAGAAAACGUAAAUUAUCAAAUAUAAAAGAAAGAUGCCGUAUUUGCCUAGUAGAUCAUACAUGUAUGACUAAUUUAUUCGACGAAGUUUUGCAACCAAAAGUAAAUGAUUUGAGUAAAUGUACUUCUAUCAAUAUUAAGGACGAGCAUGGUUUACCAAGUAUCAUAUGUCAUAUAUGUCUAUACAAAUUGGAUAUGUGGAAUGAAUUUAAAGAACAAUUUAUACGAUCAAAUCAAAUGUUAUUAAGUCAGUUAGAACUUAUAGAAACUUCUGACAAUGAGAUUUCAAAAUGUAAAAGACCAUGCAAUGAAUUGGAACAAAGCGGAGAAGAUAGCCUUUCAGAUUCUUUUGAUAAGAAGAAAGCAAAAACAGAUGUACCACCAUUAAUACCUUUACAGUUCACAACAAAUACAGAUAGCGUAACCGAUCAAACGAUACUCAAAGACAUGUAUAUAUCUGAAGAUGAUGUUACGUCUUCAAAGGACUCUUCACAGAAAGCCCAUGAUGUUUCUAAUGAUGAUAAAUGCAAAAAUGACGAAGGACAAGAAAAUAAGGAUAAUCUUCAGUUAAAACCUACCCUGGUUCCAAUGAAGGUUAAACCAUUUAUUGGAAGACGUAAUAUAACAGAACGAAGAAAGGCAUCAACCAAAAGGUGGGUUGCAAGAAAAAGGGCACUUCUAGCUGCAACAGGAGAAAGUGUUUCGGAUACAGAUUCUAUGGGAUCGGAUGACACACAGUUAUCACCAGUACAAAAGGCAAGAGCAAAAACAAAUAUGGAUAAAGAAGUUGAAAAACAAAAGAGAUUAGUUAGAUCAUUAAAAAAUAUGGAAACUAAUAUGGCAGAUAAAUAUGCCAUCAAACAUAACAGAAAUGAUUUUAUGAGUGUAGAUAGUGAUUCUGAUACGCAUAGAACAAGAUCUUUUAAAGAUAUCAAUUCUGAUGGUUCGUUAAUUGAAAGUAAAAACAUGUCUGCAAAAGAGUGUACUGAGCAAGAUAAGAGAAAGAAAGAUAAAUUUUCUGAAGAUUCAAAAGAGAAAGAAGAUUCUUCUGCAUUAUUGUCUGAAAAAACUGUUGAAGAAAAGUCAACAAAAAAGGACGAAUCGAAAAUUAACGAAGAUACAUUUACACCAUGUUCAGUAAAAUCAGAGUUAGAAGUUGGUGAUGCUACGUAUAUUGUUACCUCUACAUUAAUGCUUGCAGAACCCCAUUAUUUGAAUAAAGCAAAUUUAAAUACUUUGUCAAAAGAAUUUAAGAAUGGUGGUAUUGAUCAAAAUUCUCAAGAGAAAAAUACCGAUAUUAUUGAUGCUGUACAACUUCGUAGAAUAAAUCCAGUUCCAAUAGAUGCUAAUAAUAAAAAAUGUAUUGAAAGAUGUUUAAAUAUAGAGGUGGAAGGAACGGAAAUAGAAGCAUUAAAACACGUACAAGUUGAGUUAGCAGGUUUUGUAGAAAAAGAAAUGAAGUAUAGAUUGUUUGGAACAAGCAAUGAUGGUUUGAGAAAAGAUAAAACAGGACAUGAUUGUAAGACAUCGUAUCAAACUCUAGAUCAACAGUUAAAAAAUAUAAUAGAAAAAACUAUAAAAAAAAAUUUUGAAUCAUCUAUGAUGAGAAGUUGUGGUUCUGAUUUCAAUUCAUAUUCUCAGCAGUCUGGAACAGUUUCACCGACAUUUUUAAAGGAGGCAGAAAAUUCUAAGAAAUAUCAACCAAAAGUUGAAUUAAAGCGUUUAGAUAUGGCGAAAGAAAGUAAACUGCGAAACAUUAAUAAUAUGCACGUCUUAAUUAAACGUACAGUUAAAAAUAAACUUGGUGGACCAUUUAGUAUGGUUUCCCAUAAAAGGCAAAGUGUCCCACCAAUAAGAUAUAAUGACUAUAAUACUUCUGCUUUAGAUUCUGACUCGUAUUUAUCGGACGAACUAGAUACAUCUGAAACGUCUAGAACUGAUAGUGUACAGAAAUCACAAGAAAAUAAAGCAACAAAACAGGUAGAAGAGCCAAAAGUUGCAGAUUCUAGUGCUAAAAGUGAACAUAAAAUAGAAACCCAAGAAAAUAUUUUUAAAAUAACUUCACCGCAUGGUGAAAAGUAUAUAUGCGGCGUGUGCGAACAAUCAUUUAGUAGCCACAGUGAUGCUGUGACACAUGUUCGUAUGCAUAAAACAGACACCAGUUCUAUAUUACGACACAAUAAGCAUAAAAUGAUGCGAUGUAAGAGAUGUCAUGAAAUAGUAGAAGCUAGAUUUGUAAAAGCUCAUGUCUGUAAGUCUACAAAACAACAAAUUCACAAAUGUUAUGUAUGCAAUUCUACGUUCCGAACUGAGAAACUUUUAGUACGUCAUUUAGAAAGUCACGAUCAGUCUGAAUUUAAUAUAGAAAAUAUAACAAAAGGAGAAACUCAAAAGUUAACAAAUGCAAAUGCACUGCAAGAUUCUAAAGAAACAGUGUAUCUAAAAUCAGAAAAAAGUAAAUUUUCGAAAGUAGAAAAUAAUUCAAUUGUUAAAACGGACAAUUCUAGGAUAGAAAUGAGCAAUGUACAAUCAGAAAAAGUUGGGAUAACUAAAGGAAAAGGGGAUACUGGAUCAGGAGAGAAACCAAAGAAAACAUAUACUUGUUUUGUAUGUGAUAAAAUAUUUACAGAUGAGGAAAUAUUAAAAGACCAUUUACAAAAACAUUGCGAUGAUACGAGCGAGGAUGAUCAAAGUCCUGGUAAAGAUCAGUAUCAGUGUGCAAUCUGUGGUGAUUCAUUAGAUUCUGGAGAUGCACUCGAAGCGCACGUUGCAAAACAUUUGUUUGACGAAGAGGAUGAUAAUCCUAAUCUUAUUAAUAUUGCUGAUGAAAAUGAUAAAUCAAAGGAAGAACCUUAUCAAUGUUUGCAAUGUGCAGAAACAUUUAAUUCAGAAAUGUUAUUAGAAAUGCAUAUGCAAGCUCAUGAAGAAGAGGCUGCAAUAGCAGAAUGGGAGAAACAAGGAAUAAAAGCUUAUGAAUUUCAAUGUAUGAUUUGUGAUGAACUUUUUGAAACAGAGGAAGAUUUGUCAGAACAUUUAGAUAUACAUAAUGAAAAUGCGCAUGUUUGUCAGUUAUGUGAUAAACCAUUUCCAAGUCUUGAAGAUUUACAGAAACAUGUUGCAACUCAUUAA